ACACGGCUGCCGUAAAGGAGUGAAAAAAUGUUUUGCGACAGUUUGGAAUGGAAACAAAUGUAGCUACAAAAGAAGUCUGAAGGCGAUCUAGCGGUUGUACCCCCCGCACUUUCAGGUUUUUAGGGCUGGGAUGUAUCGUUUGUCUUCCCGCUAUCAAAUGGUAGGCCUUUGUUUCGAAGGUGUUCGUUGUGUUGUGACUUUCUGACGCGAUGAGGAAUAGCCAAUAGGCCCAUGUACGUAACGGAUGUUGACGGAAUCCACAUUUGGGCUGUGUAGCCUAUUUUUGUGGCUGUGGUGCGUUUUAAUCUACAUUUUUACAGCGUGUUGUUAUUUUUACUGGCGGGAACUGAAUGCCACUCCUGAAUGUGUCGCAACAUCCUUGACACGCAAAGGCAACAGGACCCUCUGGAGUAAGGAAAUUAAGUACUUGCCUGGAUGGUGGAUACUAUGAACGCGUAAUGACGUGUAUUAUGCAUCUUGUGUGAUACUGUAAUCUAUUGUCGAAUACUGACAAGAUCAUUUACAGCUUUCCCCCCCACGCUGUUUUAUUUUGAAAAUCCUGUGCGGAAAUCGUUCCUGUUCUCCUAUGAUUGACGUUGUCAGGAAGUGGGAUGUGGCCAGAUUGUAUUUUUGCUGCUGUACAAGAUAUGAAAACCAGUGAAUCAAGGACCACUGCUUCGUCGCAGGUGACAGCGGGGAUUACGACACUGUUGCCGGACGUCACUGCAGUUGCUGUCGGUGGUGGAAAGCAGCAAACGGAGCCAUUGUUGUCGCUUACGUCUGGCCUGGGCCACUUUCCUAAAGAUUUCACAACCUCACGCCCAAACAUUUUAUUGCAAUUCCUCUAUAACCAAGCCGAUUUUUGCGUGAAAAGUAUGUGGAUCCACACAGUGACAUUUUGAUUUUUAUUCAGAUUGGUCUUUCUUAACAAAUGUCAGCAAGGCAUCAUCACCAAAUGAUGAUGAAGUCCACCUUAGCGCUGGGCAGGUUAGAGCUGACUUCCAGCACUGUCACCAUGACCCCAUGCAUCUCCCCCGGUGGCGCCACCAAACAGAAGAGCGAUCAGCGGCCAAAGGAACCGCAAGGCCCGGCUCACUUGAAUGGAUGCGUGCCGCUGUCACAUCAGGUCGCCGGUCACAAGUAUGGAGUCGAUAAAGUGGGGAUUCUGCAGCAUCCAGACGGAACAGUCCUAAAGCAACUUCAGCCUCCACCCAGAGGACCAAGGGAGAUGCAGUUUUACAGCAUGGUAUAUGCAGAGGACUGCUGUGACCCAUGUCUUCUUCAGCUCCAGAACCAUCUACCAAAAUAUUAUGGAACCUGGUCCUCUCCUGAUGCACCUCAUGACCUGUACCUGAAGCUCGAGGAUGUGACUCGACACUUUGUCAAGCCGUGCAUCAUGGAUGUGAAGCUGGGCCAGCGGAGCUACGAUCCAUUCGCCUCACAGGAGAAAAGGGAGCAGCAGAUCAGGAAGUAUCCACUGAUGGAGGAGAUAGGCUUCCUGGUCUUGGGUAUGAGAGUUUACAAGCUUUGCAGUGACACGUAUGACACGUUUGACCAGCAUUAUGGGAGGAGACUGCUGAAGGACACCAUUAAAGAUGGCUUGGCUAAAUUCUUCCACAACGGAGUUUGUCUGAGGAAGGAUGCUGUGGCGGCCAGCUUCCACAGAGUGCAAAAUAUCCUCCGCUGGUUUGAGUCUCAGCAUCAGUUGGCCUUCUACGCCAGCUCCCUUCUUUUUGUCUAUGAGGGUUUCCCCUCUUCUGUCACCUCAAGCGCCUUUUCCUCGCUCUUCAAACCUCCAGUCAGCCCAACGGCGGACGGGAGGAAUUGGGAUGCUGAGGACGAAGCGAGACUGGAAAUAGGGGGCAAGGAAGAAGAAAUGGCAGAGUACAACAAUAACUUUCAGGUUACGGUGGCCUGUGAUUGCAGCCUGGACUCCAUUUACACCAAUCACAGGAAAGGUGGCGGCCAUCUUUGUGCUAAGAACAUAUUACUUCAUGGCAACAGUGGAGAUGAUGGCACUUUGGGGACAACAGCAGGUCAAACACUCUCUGGAGAGAAACCGCCCGAGCUAGGUGAGCAAGACAACUCCACAUGGUUGUCCCGGCAACCACCAAACGGAAACGGUAAUAAAUCCCAACUGGAAGGAAAAGUGCAGGGUAGCGCGGAGGAGAAGAGCAGCAGGACAGAAGAGGACAUAAUGCGAGGACAAGGAGGAGGAGGAGACGCAGCAGAGUUCAGCCAAGGAGAUGCAGACGUGGAGGUGAAGAUGAUCGACUUUGCGCACGUUUUCCCCAGCGAGAGCCUGGAUCACGGCUACAUCUACGGCCUCAAGCAUCUACUGACUGUCUUGGAGCAGAUCCUUUGUGAUGAUGUUUAGACUUCUCCUGUUUUUUUUACCUUCUGAUCUACUGAAAGUCGACCACUGACUCCUCCUACCCAUGCGCUCUCCCUCGUGAAUCUUGGAAGGACCCGCCACUGUCGUCAUCUCACCUGUGCGUUGUUAUUCCGAACGAAAGUCACUGAGGCUAACGGUUGUGUUGAUCUCCAUGCACGUCCCGUGAAGGUGUUCAGUCGGGUUUGUUGACGCUCCAAAACGUGAGUCCAUUUGCAAUACACUGGAUAUAACAAAUCUAUUUUUAUAUCAUGGCCACUAAAAACUCUUUUUUUGUUGCAUAUCAGAACAUCUCACAUCGUGAUUGAGCCAGAGAUUUUCUAACCAUCUCGAACUACUUGAUGAUACUUAAUGGCAGUCUUAGCUUUUGGACUUGAUGCUUGUGAGGGAUGCUGAGAGACAAGCGUUGACUUCACAUUUUUUUCAUCCGUAGAAUUCAUUUUCUCGUUUUCUUUCGAACCAUCGCUUCAUGGUAUGACACUACAUUUCUACAACUCUAAUUGCGAUUAAUUGUGUUUUUUCCAUAGUUAACUCAUAAUUAAAGUGGUUAAUUUCAAGUUGUUACUGAUUAUCAUUGGCGCUGUCAGUCGAUUAAAAGUUUAGUCAGGUUUUGCCUAGUUAAUUCAUAAUUAAUGUCAUAGUUUUUUAUCUAUAAUAAGUGUACCUUUUUAAGGAUUUACAAGUUUUUAAUGCAACAUGCGACUGGAUAAUAUUUUUGCUAAUUUGUGUUUAUUAAACAUGAUUUGUUUUUUUUUUUUUUAACGCAAGAUGGACCGCAAUGUAUAAGAAACAGACACAAUUGGUAAAGUAAACUGACCAUCACUCAAGCAAAUAAUCUUACAGAAUAGAAUUCUAUAUAAUUAUAUACAAUAAAUGUAAUAUAGGGCGGCACAGCGGUCUAGUGGUUAGCGCUCAGACCUCACAGCUAGGAGACAAGGGUUCAAUUCCACCCUGGGCCAUCUCUGUGUGGAGUUUGCAUGUUCUCCCCGUGCAUGCGUGGGUUUUCUCCGGGUACUCCGGUUUCCUCCCACAUUCCAAAAACAUGCUAGGUUAAUUGGCGACUCCAAAUUGUCCAUAGGUAUGAAUGUGAGUGUGAAUGGUUGUUUGUCUAUAUGUGCCCUGUGAUUGGCUGGCGACCAGCGGGAAGAGUAACAAUGGCAGUCGUUCCAGACUCCACAAGAAGUGUGCCCAUGCGCCCGACAUAUUAUAGUGUAAGUGGGGCCUCUGUGUCCAAUCAGAUUGCUCUAAUGGCAUAGUCUCGUAAUAUCGACAUUGUAGUCCUCAUUUAAGUUGUUUUUAAACAUGAGUACAGCGGCACUGUCUCUCAGCAUUCACUCACUCUAGUUCCUUGGUUUAGUCACAGCAACACUUAGGCGUUCCAGUAAAUUAAUUGUGUAUAUAUAUAAUAAUCUCACACAGCUAGACUAUCUCAACUGGAUUUUCCUACUUGCAAGUUUACAGUGCAUUUUGAAACGCCGAGCAAAACAUCAGCUGGAUUCAAGCGUGAUUUCUUGAAGCCUUGAAGACACACACUUUACUGCCGGGCAUCACGUCAGCCACCUUAUUUUAUUUGUACACUUUCACUUAUGUUGUCGCUUCGUGUGUAUGUUGAAUCCAGUGUCAACAGGGAACUGACUCAGGUAAAUGAAUGGAAAAAAAAACGAAAAAGAAUGCAUCGUUAAUAUUAACAUUGUGAUGGCAUCAUAUAGAGCGUAUGUUUUUAAAUAUUCCAUAUGUGCCGACUGCCUGUGCUCUUCUGCUUCCUGGUAUUUGCAACCUUAGACACUCCCGUGUUGUUCUUUACAAGAGAUGCUAAAAUCUUAGUUUGCGGGGCUGGACGCUCCCUCGCCACUUCGCUGGUUGAACACCACUCCCUCGCUCCGUCAUGGUUUUUCAAAAAUUUCGUGGUUACCUAUAGCCAUCAAAAAUAUUGAAAGGCAAAACAUGGAGUAUUACCUUACAUUACCUAAAGUUCUCCUCACAUUCAGUGAGGAAGUGGUACUUUGUUGGUUUCUUACUUUGACCUGUUUCCCCCAUUCAUUUCCAACCCCUUUCUUAAGUUUAGGAUAAAUAAAGUGGAGGCUAACCUGUUAGCUCGAUAGCCUACUAUGCAUACAUAUAUACAUAUACAUAUUUUGUUCAAGAUGUUACACUAACAAUGAACUCCCCCUGGUGUAAGGGUGAAUGUCGGGGUUUUAUGACGCGUAUAGGUCUCUAAUAAUACAUAUUUAAACAGGUUUUCAAUGCUAACUAUGAAAAUAAUCAAUUUAUUAAUAUUGAAAUUUACUUUUCACGGUCAGGUCUGGAACCAAUUAACGGUGACGUACAAGGGAGGAUUGUACCAUUGUUGAUGGCAUAUAAUGAUGUGCUUUUGUUGUCCUAAAGUGGAGAAUGAGGUCCAACUGUGGAAUUUCGUAGCGAACGCUAAGCUGGUAAGACCACAGCUGCCAAAGUCAAGCUUGAUGUUUGGAGUGAAGAACUGAAGUGCUGCUUAGUGAACGGAGAAUGAAGGUAGACAGUCAUUGAAUGUUUUGGGGUUUUGUUGAUGGGGGACAUAGUACAGGGUCAGGGAAAAGGAUCUGACACAUUUGUAGGUUAAAUAAAAGGCAAAUAAAGUAAAAUAAAAAAAAGUGUUUUUAUUUUUGUUUUAAAAAUGAAAUCAGUUCUGGUGGUGCAAGGUCGGCUGGUUGAUUUUGGAUUCAUUGCAGAUCCAGUAGCUCUGAAGUUGGUAACCAUAACAAGAUGUCGUUUCAUGUCUACCAAGUUGUUGCAGUUACAGAUUUGUUAGCUUUAAUAAAUGUUUCCACAAUGAAAGCGCCAUGCUCACCAGUCCAAUUCAUGGCAGCAACUGAAAAAGAAACCAAAAACAUCGGCAUUAUAAAAAAAAAACAAAGCAAAAUGGCAUUAUAUGUACUUUUCAAAAAGAAAACUACUUUAUUUGCCUUUUAUUUAACCUACAAAUGUGCCAGAUGAUUUUGCCUGACUCUGUAUAAAAACAAAGUGGAAUACGUAUUGAGCCGAAUAUAAGACGACCCUGAUUAGUUUUAAAAAUGUUUUUUUUCUCAGUCAAAUAAGUAUGUCAGACUAUUCCGGUAGCAGCUUUUCCUCUAUGAUGCCAUCCCCUCCAGUUCACCCCACCCCACACUGACCGCCCUGAAAAGGCCAGCAGAUUUUAUGUAAGAAAUUUUUCCAUCUGUGGAAAUAAAAUGCAUCAUGUCUCCUUUAACUAUAAAACACCUAAAUGUUUUUUUUUUUUUGUUAGAUGGAUUACUAUUUAUAAUGAUAUAUAUGUAUACGUAUAUCUAGUAUUUCUCGAGGUUUGUAGGCUACUAGUUUUCUAUUCCUGGGUCGUGAUGGAAGUCCAACUAGAGAAAUGUGAAGAUAGGGUGCCAGAACUUAACGGAGUACAAUUCAAUAUUAUAUUAUAACUUCAGAGGUCAAAGAAGAAGGUCUCCUAUCCCCCCCCCAAAUAUUCAUGUCAUAUUUGUGUCAUAUACUGCUUACUGCUACAUAAGACAGUGAAAAUGUGUGCUUAUUUGCUGCCGGGCAUUUGUUUGAAUGGAACAUUUUUCAUAUUGUAACAGGCUUCUUAUUUUUUGUGCUUCAACAUUUGUGAUCGCCCCCCCACCCGCCCCUCAUAUGCACAGGCCUUUUAGACAAUAUGUAGCUAUGAAACAUACAUAUGUACUGUAAAAUGACAAUAUGUAAAGCCAAUGAUAACCCGAUUCAAGGCGUUAUUUUAACUUUAAUGUGACAAAAAGGAGACUGCUAAUAAUAAUUGAAUUUGAAUGAACUUAUGUUUUUAGGAGACUUAAAUGUUUACAUGAUUUUGCAAUUAUUUGUAACUGCAUUGUUGAAAUGGAUAAAUUCAUUGUUGUCUUCAUUUAUUCUGGCAGCUUUUAUCAGUCUCUGCUGGUUUUGUCACGGCAAGCUAACAAAUUCCAUAUCCUGCAUAUGUACAUGGAAUAAAUAGUCAACUAUUACCGUAUACAAUGACACUGAUGCAACUCUUGUGCAAAGUCACAUGUACAGAUACACAUACCUAACUUUAUUUACAAUUAUGGACUAUUUAAAGUUAUAUAAAAUGUAAUUCCCAUCUACAAAGUGACAAAACAGCGACCUGUACAUUAUACAGAAGUUAUUACAGCACACCUCAAUUAUUCCUUCCUAUUAGCCAUCUUACAUAAUGGCAACCGGAACCGGAAGUAGCGUCGCACGGCUAUGAUGGCGACCGCGAUUGACUCUAAAAAUGUUAAUGUUUUAUAGUUUUAUAGCAUAAAACAACUUAUUAAUCUAUAUGAAUGGUGAAUUAAUUAUAUAAAUGAACAUUGAAGGUCAAUAAAUGAAGUGGUGGUUCUUGACGUUAUUACGAACAGUAAAAUGGGGGGUGGCUGAUCUGGCUUUGGAACAGUAGUCUUCAAUUAAGGUAAGACGCAUUUAAUUUCAUUUAUUCCGUUCAAUCAUCAUUUAUAUGCUUUUCGAAUUUCUGUAUGCAAAACUAGAAUUGUAAAACUCUAAAAACAUUUUGUGUUGACAUUUUUGCGAGAAACAUUAAGAACACAGAUGACUAUUAAUAACACGACAAAACGUCCGCCAUAUUGUAAGCUAACCAGACAAUGCACCCAAACCGAGGUAACAUAAUAAUAAUUGAAAGACGCUAAUAGAGGUAUAUAUAUUACAUUAUUAAAAUACAUAAGUAGAAACAAUAUUUUUACUUUUUUUUGGCUUUCUUUAUUUUUGUUUUAAAACAACUUUGUUCCAGUGGAGUCUCUAAAUUCAAACCCAAAUUGUUCUGGCAAGCUGGUUGAUCAGUAAUUUGUAUUCAGGAUAUUUUAUUUCCCCCCUAACAAAUUAUGGAAGUUAAAUUCAUCCGUUCCAGGGUCAAACUGUCUGCAUGAUUAUUAACUGGUUGUGACAAAACAAAUAAUUUAAAAAGAAGUUGAGUUGACUAAUUUUUUUAAUUGAAAUGUAAAAACAAUAAAAAGAGAUUCCCACCCAGCUUGUGUGAGUUUCUUCGCUUGGACUUGGGGGUGGGGGGAUAAGUUGAAUUAUCGAUACUGCCUGCAUGUGGAAUUAAAAACUUGAAAAUGGCCGCCAGAUUCAUUUUUCAGUAUGCGGCCCAAACUUAGACAUUUUGUACUGAUCAGCCACAACAGACAAUAUGAUCAGAUAGGAUAAUAGGCAGUCAUUUUAAAAGAAUAAAAUUGGAAUCUUACAAGAAGAGUGUUAAUGUGUAAUAUUCAGAAGAAAAAUAACCAUUUUAGUAGUAGACAACUUAAGACGGUUUACUAUUUGAAUAAUGAAUUAUCAUGACUAAUGAUAAUAAUGCUGUUUCAGCCCAAGGCUAUUUUAUUUGAAAUAUAUACAAUUUGACAAGAUAUCAAAGUGAGCCUAGCAUCCAUUCAUUUUCCACUAUGUGGCCCUCGCUGGAAAAAGGUUUGGACACCCCCACUUCAAAAGGUACCCCGUUGAGCUUUGCCUUGUUGGACAUUAAAAAUCACGAUUAGUUACAGAGCUUGAAGACUUUGAUGACAUGCCUGAGUUGAAAAAUGCAUUUGAUCCAGAAUAGAAAAAUAACAUUUAUAAAAUCUGUCUGCUGCAUGACUCAAUCUAACAAUAAAACAUUGGAAAUACUAAACGACACUUCCCAAUGAGUAUACACGUGGCAUCAUUGAUACAUAGAAACAUAUAUACAGGUACGCUCUCUAAAAGGCACAGCUGGGAGAUAAUCGUACAGUAAACCUCGGAUAUAUCGGAUUCAAUUGUUCCCACUGGUUUUGUCCGAUAUAAGCGAAAUCCGUUAUAUGCGUAUACCAGAAAAUGUCCGUUUUACGCAUAUAUCGGAUUUAUAU